UUCUAAACUCUCAUAUUUUGUCUCUCUAAUCAAUCAAAGAAAAAAGAAUCAUUUACUCUCGCCUGAAACACUAGAAUACCAUCCAUGGCAACUUCGACAAAGAAAACCACCGCCGUCGACGGUGGAAAUAGGCGGCAGCCCAGCCGACUUCAACGUCGCGCUCCGGCUUCCUUACAGAUCAGUCCGGUUUCCAGCUGGAACAUUGCGAUCCCACUCUUGUCUCCGCUCGCUUCUUCGCCUCCGUCAUUUGAUCGGAUGGAAGAGUCACCGCGUCAGGAACAGCCGCCGCGACAGAUCCAGAAAAAGGAGUCUGAGAAGCUUGUUUUCAAGAUGUGGCAGCAUCCAGCGGCGCCGUUUUGUUACGAGCCGGCACAGUUGGUGCCGUCGUUUGUGCCGGUUUAGUUGUA